GAGCUGCCUGCUGCGCGACGCGGGGGCGGACUGGAACCCCGGGGGCCGGCCCGACGCGAGCGGCGCCAUGGUGGGCGGCAGUGUGGCGCUGCGGCUGGAGGAGGUGCACGCGGCCUUGCCGGACAUCACACAACACUGGCUGACGUCCGGCCGGCCGCGUGUGGUGACCCUCUCCUCCGGCAUCAUGGCCGUGGGCACCUCCCAGGGGGUGGCACUGGUCUUCCAGCUGCCGGCAGCAGCAGCAGCGGGCGGGGGGCAGACGGCGGGGCCGCCUCAACACCAGCAGCAGCAGAACCAGCACCAGCACCAGC